AUGAAGUUACUCACACCUAGCUUGGUAACAUUUUUGUGGCUCACAGUGUGUAGCGCACACACUGUUCUGCUUCCAGCUCACGGACAGCGCUGUUUUUAUGAGACAUUGAAAGCGAAGGAUGAGCUGGCAGUCUCGUUUCAAUUCGGCGACAGAGCGCCCGAAUCUACGGAGCAAAUGAAGGGUAACUUUGCAAUCUACGGCUCUCAAAAGCAUGAGGUCAUCAAGGAGUUCAAAGACGUCUCGCAUGGAGAUGUCCGCGUUAGAAUCCCUUACGAUGGCAAAUUCGAGUACUGUUUCUCCAACGAGCAUUCCGGAAUCACUACCAAGGACGUGACUUUUAACAUCGAGGGCAUUGUAUAUGUGGAUUGGAACGAUCCAAAAGCAGACUCGCUUGACGGUGCUGUGCAGCAACUGUCACGCUUGACCCGCGAACUGAGAAACGAACAAGACUACAUCGUGAUUAGAGAAAGAACGCACAGAAAUACGGCCGAAUCUACCAACGAUCGUGUCAAGUGGUGGUCGGUUUUCCAAUUAUUCGUCGUCAUUAUCAACUCAUUGUUUCAAAUUUACUAUUUGAGACGCUUUUUCGAGGUAACCUCGUUUGUAUAA